AGCUAUUUUUCACACUAUCCAUUUCUAUGGAAAUAAAAUGCAGAUAAAUGUAUGAUGAUGAGCCUCACCAAACAAUUCCAUUUUGUUUCUGAAUACCAAUCUUUAGUCUUAUUAUGUCUUAUGCUAAUCAUACAGUUCUUGAAAAGGCAUUAGUUUGUUUGCCUCUAGAACUCUGUUAGAAUACAUGUCAAUCCCUUAAAACUGAAGAAAUCCCUCCUGCCCAGGGGAUUUGUAACUGUCUCUCUCCAGCUCCACUUCAAACCACACUGAAAACUACAUGGAAGGAGGUAAGUCUUUAUCGUGCGCAUCAGUCUAAAGCUGCCAUCUGCCAUCUGCGACUAGCCUUCAAAUAUACACUGCCUUCAAACUCCAUCUCUAUAUCUGAGUGCUAGGGUUGAUGCGAAUCUAAAGAUCCUAAGCACCCAAAAAACAUAAGUGAAUGAAAAGCAAUGUCGAGGGACAAGGUUAUCAACACAGUUCUCCUAUUUGUAACGGUUAACUGUCACUGUAAACAGGUCAUUUUCCUUUGGAUAAUGGCAUCUAGAGACUGUAGAAGAGGUCGGUGGUCUUACUGGGCAUGGAUUACUUGAUUAAGUAGAGGACUGAACAUUUGGAUUGAAAGGGAAACAACUCCUACAAAAACCAACAGGCUCAGUGUUUUAUUAUCAUAAACUGAAGCAAUGGCUUCAUCUUCUUCUUCCAUGGCAACCCAUUUCUUAAUCCUCCUGCUCCUACAAUUUUCUUUCUUAUUCAACAAUCUGGCUGCAAAACAUGGCAGCCCUGCUACCCGUCAUCACCGUGCCCACAACCGCCCUCACAACCACUCCCCCACAUCAAACCCCAGACUUCAACAAGCUUACAUUGCCCUCCAAGCAUGGAAGCGCGUAAUCUACUCUGACCCCAACAAAUUCACCUCCAACUGGGUUGGUCCCUCGGUCUGCAGCUACAAGGGUGUGUACUGCACAACAGCUCUAGAUGACCCCAAAAUCAAAGUUGUCGCUGGUAUUGACCUCAAUCUUGCGAACAUAGCCGGCUCCCUCCCUGAUGAGCUCGGUCUCCUGACCGACCUGGCCCUGCUCCAUCUAAACUCCAACCGCUUCUGUGGAAUCAUCCCAGAAACCUUUGCCAACCUCACUCUCCUAUUUGAGCUUGAUAUCAGCAACAACAGAUUUGUUGGCCCCUUCCCUUCAGUUGUGGUCUCUCUUCCUACCCUGAAAUUUCUCGACAUUCGCUUCAAUGAAUUCGAGGGGGCAUUGCCUCCUGAUGUUUUCAACAGAGGCCUUGAUGCAAUCUUUGUUAAUAACAACCUCUUCAGUUCAGUAAUACCAUCAACUUUCGGCACGAGCUCGGCUUCUGUAGUGGUAUUUGCCAACAACAAAUUUGGAGGUUGCCUGCCUCCAAGUAUUGCAAAUUUUGCAGAUACCUUAGAGGAGCUUUUAUUGUUCAACACCAGCUUGUCAGGUUGUUUGCCACAGGAAAUCGGUUUCCUAUACAAACUGAGGGUGCUGGAUGUGAGCUUCAACAAGGUAGUAGGCACCAUACCCUACAGCCUUGCAGGAUUAGCUCACUUGGAGCAACUGGUCUUAGGCCACAACAUGAUGACUGGGAACAUACCUGAGGGGAUUUGCAUUCUCCCAAAUUUGAUGAACUUCACAUUCUCUUACAACUUCUUCUGCGAGGAGGAGGGCAUUUGCCAGAACCUGACAUCAAAUGGGAUCAAGUAUGACGAUCGGAGAAACUGUUUGCCGGAUAAACCACUUCAGAGGAGCAAGAAGCAAUGUGAGGCUGUAUACAAACACCCUGUUGACUGCCUUGAGCACCACUGCAGUGGAGGUGGUGGUGGUACAGGAGCUGCUGUUGCUCCAAUGCAUGCAGCAUCAUCUCUGGCUUCACCUCCCACCCAUUCCUAGUUGUAUCCAAACCCUCCAACUAGAGUCUUCAACACCUUUUGCUCAAAAUAAAAGUCCAAUCUUGGGGACAAGAGAUCUUGUGAAUAAUAAUGAAGUUUGUUCAUGUACAUUAAUCCAAGAGAAGAUCAUGUGUUGUUCCAUAACUCCAAUAAUAAAACUACAUAUGUUAGCUUGGGUUGU